ACACGGCGGCAGACCGGCCGGCACUUCGUGUACCGUCGUCGCGUCGUACGGACGUGUUGUUCAUCGUUCUUUUCUUUCACAAGGAUCUCCUAGCGGUAUGACACUCCUAAUCAAAACUUUACCCGAAAACAUACGUCGAUAGUGUUAUUACCAUUUGAAAACGAUUCAUUUCUACGGUUCUCGUUUAAAUAAAACUCGCGUUAUAUUCGCCAAGGAGUCGUAUCGUUUAUCCAAAGAAUGCGAUUCGGAAAAAAGAGAUUCGAACGAUGAUUCGGAAGUGAAUGGAAGAACAGUGUCUUAUUGUCAAUUAAGUGCAAAGUGCCUGUAGAGAAUUAUCUUAUUUAAAAAAUAUAUAUCGAAAAUGGAGCCGCAAUAUUCAUCGGAAAGAGUCUCGUUUUUCAUAACCGCCAGAUGUCCCUCUCUCGGUUGGAUCACUGGCGGGAACGAUCGUUUUAUAAGCGUCGCGAACUUGUGACGGUUGACCGGUGGUGUCUCGCGUUCGAGACGACAGUGUUUCAAAUCCUAUUCUUUCGGUUCUAGUGUUAUGUGUGAAUGUGUCGGUUGAUUUCGUUUGAGAAAUCAUGCCGUUCGUGCUACGCAGAGUGGAGCCGCGUUUCUUGUGUCGCGGACACGUGCCAGCGGGAUCGACAGCCCAGGGUUGGCCAGUGGGUGCCGAAUUGGAGGCGGUGGCGAACGGUGCGCUGACCACCUCGUUGAAGCAACUCGCCUCGCUCCUCACCAUCGCCGAGGACAUCUUUGCGGAACUGACUGCCGAGUUGACCGCUGUUGCCGAUCGGAGCAGCAAUCUGCGCCAAAGGAUAGACAAGGUCGAGGAACGUCUCGCCACCGUCGACCCGAAGAAAGUACCAGUCCCGGAAUCGGAUAUUUGCACGUUCGCGACGAGGACGGAACAUUUUCACAUGGUUAACAAACCAUCGACGGCGUUGUUCACAUCGGACACCAGGCCGAAAGCCUUGAGGGAAUUGUACGAGGCUGCCGCUAUAGUCGCUGUCAGAAGUUUGGAUAGCCUGAGAAGGGAUGGCAGCUCCAUGGAUAUGUUCCUCUGUACGCCCGUCCUUGGCAAGAGAAGGCGAGACCAAAGUCUCGACAUCGAAUCCAGGAUCCCGGCCGCUAUCGAGGAUCUGCGAAGAUGGACGUCCACGGAGGCGCUCGGGGACGUUACAGUACCGCCCGAUUGCAUGUCCAGGAUCCUGGGAGAUACGACGACCGACGACGCCGUCGAUCACAAGCUUCCCAGCCCCGAGGAACAGGUCCAAGCCAUCGCUCUCAAAUUCCCGGCGGAAAUCGUGGCGGUGGACGUAAGCGGAAGAGGAUUCGAGAGAAUGUCGACGAGGAGGAGAUCUCUGCUGUCUGGUCCGGAGAGCCAAGAGACAGCGGUGAAGAGGCGAUCGCGGCCUCGAAGGCCCAGAGGAAAAAGACGAAACACGAUCGCUGGUACCGAUCAGAAAGAAAUUCGACAGGCUAUAGGAGGAGAAACAACCGGAGAGGAGGCGGAGGAGACGAUAUCGAACAUGGGAUCGAGAGCUCAUCGAUCAGCGAGCACGGACAUAUUGGGUUCGUCGAAGAAAGACUCGCCCGCGGAAAAGAAGUCUCACUUCAACACGUUGAAGGCGUGGGGUAUGUCCAGAUUGAAGCUGAUCAGCCCGAAAUCGAGCCAGCAGCAACAGCAGCAGCAGCAGCAGCAACAGCAGCAGGAGCAACAGCAGCAGGAGGGGACGGGGUCGGGGACAGAGAGGCGCAGGAAGGACAAGUCUCACGAAAGGAAGCCGAGCUCGUCGAGCUCGAGCGGGAAGAGCACCUCGAGCAUACCUGUGUCCGUGCCGAGCGGCGAGAGACAACCGAGCGUGAAAUUGCGCGAAAGCGCGGCCCAAAGGAGGGAAAGACGAAAGGGAGGGAGCAGGGACGAGCCGCCUCAUUCCAGUUCUGGAAACUGGAGUGCGUCCUCCGAAAGCGGAAGGGCGAGUAUCGGAAGCGAGACCACCACCACAACGCACCAGCCGAGGUCGACGACGACAGCUUCGAUUGGAACUUCAUCGACGUCGUUGAGUCACGUGAGACGUUUCAAAGGACGGGACACGUCGACCUCGUCCUCCGUGACUUCGGAGGGCACGUUGACCCCGGACAUCAUACAGGAUAUAGCCGUGGUCCCGUUCUCGGACGACGGCGAGACAUCGUCCGUGUAUUCCUGCGACACGGAGGGUUAUUACACCUCGUUCCACGUGGACUCCGGGCUGAAAACGCUGAGGGAAGAGGAUCCCGUCCCCCAGUGUCCUUUGACCAAGUCCAACGAUGUCAGCUCCGACCCCACCUCGCCCAUCAUCGAAAACGAGUACGAACUGUUCGGAAGGGGGUCCACGUCGACGACCACCAGCUCCGCCGGCACGGUCUGUACAGCUUUAAUGGCGCCACCCCCGCCGGAGAGGAAGUCUAGCCUUACUGUCGUCGCUAUGGUUCACGGGCCGAAUCAAAAUGGCGGCGAGUCACCGGACAGCGGACACAACACCUCGUCCUCGCCCGUGGAAUCGGCCUCGAGCCCCGCCUGCACGGGGAGGUCGUGCUCGGAGUUCGAGUACUCCGAGUCGAGCGAUCUCGAGGGGUGCGAGAGGAUCGAGAGGAUCCGCUCCAAGACGGCGAUCAACACCAGCCGGAUACCGUCCAUGUGCGUCAUCACCCCUCCCGGCUCGGACGACGAGCAGCAGCACGCGAGGGACGCGGACCAGCAGGCGAGUAAAAAGGCGGAGGGGAGAAAGGGCGAUCUUCAAACGGGCGGGUCGGUGCUGAUGUCGGCAACGGUCGGCACCUCGAAGAUGGAGGUGAUCAACGGCCAGGACAAGAACCUGUACGCGACGAUCCAGGUGCUGCCCUCGCCCACCACCGAGAAGGCGAGCAUCGUUGGCCACCAGGCAACCAAGAUCAGCCCGUUGAGCGGCGUUCUGGGCAAGCUUCGUGGCGUGCUUCCCGGGAGAAAGCACGUGUUGAAGGGCGGCGUGCCGGAUCACCAUCAGGGAGGUGGGGCAGCAGACUCCGGCGACUAUGUAACCAUAGCCGACGUGAGAAACAACAACGACAAGAGGCAGGAUUCGGCUUCGACACCCGCCCGCUCCCCCGUCACCUACGCCAACUCGGAUAUAUUCAAGAAGGACGCGGAGUACGUGAGCUUGAGCGAAUUGCCGAAGAAGCCGGACUCGUCCUUGGAGAGGAAGAGGCAGGGCGCCAGGGUCACGUUGGACUCGGAGGGCAAGGUCGUUUACUCGUCCGACAGCUUGAAGAGGAGGAAGGGGGCGCACACCACGUUUAAUCCAGGUCCGUUCGUGAGAGAGGGCGUGUCACCGAGUCCGUCCCCCCUGCUGCACCGCGCGACCCCCAACGUUCGAGCAGUGACGAGGAGCAACGACACGGUGGACGGCGCGACGAGCAAAUCCACGCCGCCCACGUCGCCCCAAUUAGGCAAGGUGAUCAUCAGGGCGGCGAGAAGUCCCGACCGGGCCGCCAGCCCGGAUUACGUGAGAACGCCGACGACCGUGGUCGGCCCGACGAGCCCCACCACGGCCCACCGCCAAGUGCGCGGGGCAUACGUCAACGUGCAGGAGGACGAAGACAACACGCUGUUGGCGAUAGACUCGGUACCUCCCCACGGCUUGGUCCAGCCGCCGCCUUACAUUUCACCCCCCAAUUCCGAGCAGUGUCGAAAGAAAGAGAGGAUCCAAGAGAUCUCCAACAACCCUCCCACAGCCCCCCACAAGAUUCAGAAUGAAAAGCAGCAAACUUGCGGACGACAAUCAUCGGGCAACCCUGCCACCAAGAUUCACGAUCCUAGGCGGAGCCUGUACGACGCCAACAACAAGCUAAUGUUCGAUCAGUGCAAUCCACUGGAUCGCAACGAUUUGCAACGCGUUCGCGAUCCCCGUCGAAUCGUGGACAUGAGGAACGCGAGGAAUCAGCAAUACUACGCCCCACCCAAGGAUUCGAAGCAACAAUUUUACACGUUGCCCUCGAGAAGGCCGCAGAGGGAUGUCGAGCCGCCUCGCAGCGUCACACCGGAUAUCACGAGGGGUCUUGGGCGAGGGGGCUCCCUCGGCACGAUGCACGUGCUCGCGAGGCACGGGCACAGGGCGAUGAUGGAGCAGGAUUCUAAUCGGUACGGCUCGCAGGCGGAGUUGAACAAGAGGAACUCGGAGGCGGAGAACAGGUUGAUGCAGAAUCACGAGCAUUCCUCGAUUGUGGAUAUGAGAAAUAGAUUCGCAACACCGUUAGGGCUGACAGCGCUUGGGUAUCGAUUCUUCGCGUCCUCGCCUGUUCGUGAUCCCGUUACGAAGUCUCCUAGUGCUGAUGCGUUAAAGUACAAUCCAAUUUCACCGAUCGGGCACGGAUACGGUAACAGUUUCAAGUCGUCAACGCCUACAGGCCGCAGUAUGCCAACUGUUGCCGAACGUCUGGCACUCACCGCCAACAACAAUUCCUCCUCCUCCUCGAUGCCCAAUUCCGGUAGGAGCACCCCCGUCCAAACCUCGUCGGGAAGGAGCACGCCCACCAAUCUGAUCCUCUCGCCGACCAAGAGCACAAUGUCCAACGAGGAGUUGUUCGCGGCGAUCCACAAAUCGAAGAAGAGAUUGAACAUAAGGGACGAAAGUGAAAAUCUCUCUCCUUACGGAUCGACAAACUCGCUGGUGAAGAUGACGAUCGGGAGCAAGAACGAUUGGAAUUGCACGGAAUUGCAGAAAUCUUCAGCGGUAACUCAGACGUCGAAUCAACCGCCAUCGCCAGCCACAUCUCGCCUCGACUUCAAACGGCUCCUCCUCCAGCAAAGCGUGAAGACAGGGCCGGCGAGGCUCUCGGCCGCCGAGCAACUGAAAUUGUCGCGGCAGCAGUGCCAGCAACAGCAGCACCAGCACCAGCAGCAACAGCAACAACCGUCGCCCGGUGUCCAGCAAACAGCGUCCCUAGCCAAAGUUCUGAGCCCGCGCUCGAUAUGGAGGUUUCAAACGCCCCGCACGGACGUGCUCUCGUCCACGAUCAUCGAGGACACGGCGGCCGAGGAGAAAGCCAUGAAACCGUCGCCCGAGAACGCCUCGCCGGUGUCGAGGGUGAACGCGAGGCGGCAACUCGAUCUCUGCAACGAUCUGCCCGACGAAGACUCGCGACUCGCUGACAAACGGCGCGACGAGAGGACGUUCAACGACGCGGAUCACUCGAAAUCGGAAGCGAGCAGCGCCCAGGGAGAGGCGGAGAAUUGCACGGAUAAUUCCGCGACGACGAUCCCUUAUCCGGUGAAUUGCGCUCAGCUCACGCCCUCGUGCCAGCAGGCGAUAAGCGCCUUCGAGUCGAGGAGGAUCAGCAAUCAGCUCGCAAGGGCCCAGUUCUUGGCCGGCACGCCGAACACAGCCGCUCAAGGGGCCACCGCUUACGCGAACACCAUUUUCCGCGCUAGGUCCGAGUCCCCUCAGAAUACCUCGAUGCAGACCGUGCCGCGUAGCCCCAGCGUGCCGACAUUGGAAACAGCCCUGUGAUGAUUCCUCUGCCAUUCAGAUGAUUAUGCGUUAUUGUACGGGGACCGGAUUGUCUAUCUUCUUUCUCUCUUCUUAAUUAUCUUUUUGCGGGGAUUAUCCUAUGGAUAAGUAAUUUUUAAUUGGGGGAUGUUAGGUGUUAGGAACAGAUUUUAUGGUGUAGGAUUUCAAAUUUCUUUAGUUCAAUAUUUCUGAGUAACUCUUUUCUUAAUUUUAUUUCCAAUUGUAAUUUUUAAUUGGGGAAUGCUAAGUUGGCAUAGGAAAAGAUUUACCUAUGAGGAUGAUUUUGGAUUUCAAAUUUCUUUAGUUCAAUAUUUUUGAAUAACUCUUUUCUUAAUUUUAUUUCCAAUUGUAAUUUUUAAUUGGGGGAUGCUAAGCUGGCAUAGGAAAAGGUUUUAUGAUGUAGGUUCUACCUAUGAGGAUGAUUUUGGAUUUCAAAUUUCUUUAAAUCAUUUCUCAAAGUUAAAAUAUUCUAAGUAAAUCUCUUCUUAAUUUUUUUACUGAAACCUUGUGUCUGGUCCUCAAUAACUAACGCAUAGUGGAAAUUUUCUUACUAUUCAAAACUAUGACUGAAGACAUAGAAAUAACAUUGAACUUAAUAUUAGAUUCACGCAAAAGUUCAUCUUUUUUUUUUUCUUUUGAACUUGAAUAAUCUGAAAUAAUAAAAUUACGUUACUUUUUUUUUCUUAUUUAAUACAUAAUGGAUUCGUAUUCACAUUGAUCAUGAGUUAUUUAAUUGCGAUAAAAAUCAUUGCGAAACGAAUGAACUUUUGCAUUGGCCUAAUGCGAUAGAUGACAAUCGCGUUCGUUUGAUUAGAUGUUCAUUCCUUUACUGGAUGAAAAGGACAAUAAUUAAGAUGCAUUACCACAAAGUGGCAGUAGUAUUAUACAGUAUUGGAUUGCUUCAUCGAUGCGGAAGUAGCAAAGUUGAACAGAUUUGCAUGGAAUCGAAUUUAAAAAAAUAUCACUGAUUCGUUGAAAUUUAUUAAAAAAUAUUACGCAAAUGGAAAGACCUUGAUAACGUUUCGUAUCGUAUUAUGAAUUAUCAAUAUCAUGCAUAACGUUGAAAGCAAUAAAUCAUAAUGCAAAUAAUCUUCUCGAUAAUUUAAAUAGUGAUGUAAGUAUAUUGCGAUAUAUAUUUUAUGCCUUGUAUCGAAGAGGAUUCUUCAAUGGGGGAGGGGGAGAGAGGGCAGGGUGGGGAGUAAAAUCAUGACUAAAAUCACGAACGUUAUGUGGAUAAAUAUUCAAGAGAAAUAUUAUGCUUGAUUUACGAUUUUUAUUUUGCAUUUUAUCGUUGUUCCAUCCACCGUAUAUAUUAUUUAUCAACCUUCGUUCAUUUCUUCGUUUUUCUCUUAACACUAGGACUACCAAACUAUAAUAUACACAUACCUAAAUAUAUUACGCAUAAAUGAUUAGGAUUAAAACUUUUUAUAAUUUUAAGAUAUUAUAAAAAUAAUUAAAAAUAUACACGUGUAAUUAUAUUUUUCUUCGAAGAUCGAUAUAUAAUUUUAAUCGACAACAAUUUGCACAAUUUUAAUAAUUUUAAAAUAACGCAAAAUCUGUGACCAGUUUGGUAAUUCUAAUGUUGUAAACAAGAAAAGUGUGUUAUACAAGAUUUAUUAUCAUCCUUUCUAUUUUCUAUUUUUUUUUUUUUUUUUUUGGAAAUGAUUAAUCGAGGUUCGUGAUCACUCGACAGAUGUAUAUCCUUUAAGGUAUUAAUUUAUUAUAUCGGAGACAUGUAGGAGGGGGGGAAUUCUGUAAAUAGCACGCAACAUUUGUAAUUUAAAAAAAUUAAAGAAAAAGAAAAAAAAACGAAUGCAUUUCGCUUUAAAAGAAAAGGAAAAGGAUAAAAAAGAAUCGCUUGCUUGUCUAGUCGGAGUAGUUUCUUAUUCAAAAAUUCCGUACGAUCUUCGGAUCCAUUUUUAUCAUUCGCGGGAACGAGCGUGUAGAAAUCGUAUUAUUAUAACGAGUAUGGCAUGUAAUGGAAAUUAAAGCUUUACGAAUAUCGGGUGGUGAAUAGUAAUAUAUUCAAAGAUGAUUAACGCAUAGAAUUACGAAAGAGUUGCCUUAAUUAAAUUAUUAUUAUUAUUAUUAUAUUAUUAUUAUUAUUAUUACUAUUAUUAUUAUUAUUAUUACGAGUUAUGCCACGAUGAAUUUGUGAAAACGAUGAAGCGUUAGAUUUUAAGCUGAACACGUGUUUUGUACUUUGCUCAGAAUAAAAAAAAAAAGAAAAAAACAGAAACAUACUUUAUUGAAACACUUUUUGCCGUUAUUAUUGUUGUUUUUUCACCCCUUAAUAACAAAAAAAGAAAAGAAACUACUUUAUAAUACAAUAAAUCGAUCUCAACCAA